AUGGGAUUAACCCUGCUCCCAAGAAACCCUCCCCCUAUAAUUCCUCUUGGGGUGCUCCCAAAGCCCAGGGCUGGGAAUGGGACUAAAGUGGCCGGGCUCCCAGCCUCAUCCCUUUGGGCCCCUCCCCAGAAGUGGCUGCCAGUUGGUUGUGCUAGAGAGGGACUGAAUAAGCCCUGUCAUCUCCUCACCUGCCCUUUUUGUCCCCUACAGAUCGAGUUUAACAAGGACCAGCUGGAGGAGUUCAGAGAGGCCUUUGAGCUGUUUGACCGAGUGGGUGAUGGCAAGAUCCUGUACAGCCAGUGUGGGGACCUGAUGCGGGCCCUGGGCCAGAACCCUACCAACGCCGAGGUGCUCAAGGUCCUGGGGAACCCCAAGAGUGAUGAGCUGAAGUCCCGGCGUGUAGACUUUGAGACGUUCCUGCCUAUGCUGCAGGCAGUGGCCAAGCACCGGGACCAAGGCACAUAUGAGGACUACCUAGAGGGGCUGCGUGUGUUUGACAAAGAGGGCAACGGCAAAGUCAUGGGAGCGGAGCUCAGACACGUUCUUACCACUCUCGGAGAGAAGAUGACUGAGGAAGAGGUAGAGACUGUUUUGGCAGGCCACGAGGACAGCAACGGCUGCAUCAACUAUGAGGCCUUCCUGAAGCACAUCCUAAGCCUCUGAGCUCCGCAGCCCCUAGUGCCCUCUAGAGAGGCAACGAUCCCGGUCAACCAGACAAGCGCAGGCAGUGCGUUUCCCCAUCCGACUGUAGCGCAGCCGCCAGCGCUGGACAACUUUCUUUCUACCCCACCCAACUCCACCCCACCCCACGUAGAACCUGCGGGAUCGGAAACUUGCCCCACCUCCUGUGCGGCCAGUAGUGCGUUCCUGCCACUAGGGGGCACUUACGGUUUUGAAAUAAAAACAUGGUUCCUGC